AAGAGCAUCCUGGAUGAACCAGACUCUCCUCUAGAGGUGAGGCAUUCCACAAAUAGCAAUAACAUACACUUUUCGGAGCAAAGAAAACUGUCAAUCAUUAGUCUAUUUAGAUAAUUUGGUUCAGUAUGCCGCAAUACGUGAUCUUCAGCACCAGGGACAGUGCUUGACGAAUUAUCGUACAUUUGGGCAUUGCAGAGUAUGUGCAGGAGCUCAGUUUUCCUUUAUUUUUAUAUUUUGUACUCAUUCUUGAAGUUGCUCGUCAUUGUGUGUGAGUGCUUGUCUGACUUUCCAUGUCUCGGACUGAAUGUUAUCGUGUACUUUUUUCAGUAAAAUAUCAUGUCAGCAGCAACUAGUGGAGUAAUGUUGACAUACAGCCGUCUUAUUUAGACAAGUUUAUCUAGUUUUUUCGCGUUUCAUCUUUCUUAUUUUUAUAAUGUAUUCAAAACGAGUUUGGCAAUAUGGAUAAUCAUGCUACACAAAGCAACUGUUUCCAGAACUUCGAAUGAUAUUGCAUUGUGUGUGGGUGCGUGUGUGUGUAAUGCUUGUACUCCUUAAUAUCCAGUAUUAUGCAGUUUUGUGUUCUGUACUCUUAGGGACGCUGUUGGCCAGUGUGUGUGAGUUUCACUGCAGAUCUCAACACCACCUCCCAGAUCAUUUAUAUUUGUCAGAAGCAAGGCCGACACAAGGCACAGUGCGAGUUACCGAGAACACUGCACACGGGCAAACAAACGGGAAAUAUAUUGAUCGACAUUUGUGUUGAUGGUUCUUCAUUCUUAGUCAUCCAGUGAUUGGAAUACGACGGUCUCAUUUGCGGAUUUUUUUUCUGAUUCGUUGUGAUCCUAUAAUCGUUGAACGAAACAAUGAGACGGCAAGUACUAUUGUUUUUCUCGAUGCUUUUUUUAUGUCCCGUGCUUGGGCAGGUCAGCUAUUCUAUUCCCGAGGAAAUGUCAAAAGGCUCGUUUAUUGGCAACAUAGCACAAGAUUUAGGUUUAGAUUUAAAACGUCUGAAAACAGGAAAAGCUCGCUUGCAUGUUGGAAACGGCGCUGAAUACAUCGAGUUGAAUAAAGAAAAGGGACUCCUUCUCAUCAAAGAGAGAAUGGACAGAGAGGCGUUUUGCAAGCAAACGACUCCUUGCGCUCUCCAUUUUCAAAUAAUUUUGGAAAACCCCAUCGAGUUCUUUCGCGUUACGGUAGAAAUAACAGAUAUAAACGACAACGCCCCAAUAUUUAAAAUGAAUAAUAUGCUUUUUGAGAUUAGCGAAUUGGCUGUCAGAGGGUCCACAUUUGUAUUAGAGAGAGCAUUAGAUUAUGACGUCGGUAUGAACGGACUCAAGAGCUAUUCCCUUUACCCAACAGAUAAUUUCGUUUUAAAACUCAACGACAAUGCAGGUGGAGAAAAGGAGGUAGAGAUGGUCUUGGAAAAACCCCUCGAUCGCGAGGAAAAAGAGCAACUGACUUUAACGCUAACAGCCGUCGACGGAGGUGAACCUCACUUGUCAGGGACGGUGCAAAUUCAUGUCACUGUCUUAGAUGUGAAUGACAAUGCUCCGGUGUUUACGCAGUCAACUUAUAAAGCAAGUUUAAUGGAAAACUCCCAGAAGGGAACUUCAUUGAUGACUGUAACAGCCACAGACAGAGAUCAAGGCACGAAUGGUGUUGUAACAUACUCCAUUUCCAGUAACACUGAGGGGAUUUUGGAUUUAUUUGAAAUUGAUGGGACAAGUGGUGAGGUACGUUUGAUUGGCAAAAUAGAUUAUGAAAUAUCAAAACAUUAUCAGUUAGAUGUUAAAGCAAGAGAUCAAGGGGGGCUCACUGGCUCAUGCAAAAUACUAUUUGACAUUAUUGAUGUGAAUGACAAUAUUCCAAUAAUAGAUUUAAUGUCAACAACACAAUCUAUUCCGGAAGAUUCAACGUUUCAAACAGUUGUUGCUGUUAUGAAUGUGCACGAUGCUGACUCGGAUACUAACGGAGAAUUUCAAUGUUUUUUGAGUGAAAGUUUGACUUUUAUCAUUGAAAAUACAUCGAAUGGUUUCUAUAGCAUACGAACAAACGGUGAAUUAGACAGAGAGACAGCCUCUGAGCAUAAUAUAACUGUGACCUGCUCUGAUGAGGGAGUGCCCUCC